AUGCCAGUGCAUGUUGCUCUAUAUCGUGAUGUUCAAAAUGCCGCCUCUCUGAAAAGUCGACUCCUCGCCGGUCAAACGGAAUUUGAGUAUGCAUUUAUUGAUGCAAGCAUGGUUCUGUCAAGAGCUCACAUAACUGCUGCAGUAUUCAGAGCAGUUAAUGAUCACAUGCACAAUCGACUGAAAUCUCAUAAUGUGCAUUCCGAGAUUGUGUUCUCAUUGAACCCGACGAAUAAUAUCACGGAAUCAUUCCGUAGAUUCGGUAUUUCCGAUUCAACCAAAGACAUGUUGGUGAUCAAGGUCUCUGUCUCUCCGGAGAUAACACAUGAAUCCGUUGCGGCCCACCUGGAGAGCUCGGUUGAAGGAACACCGGUGCCUUUCGAUGAUCAGACACUAUCCGAAAUCUCUGAUAUCAACAAGAUCAAGAAAGCGUACAAGCUAGGGGCUCUUCCUUCACCAAUUGCCAAGGAGAAUGAUGAGGCUAAGCAACGACUUGAAAAUUCCUUGUUGAGUGCAAUCGCCCUAAGGGGAUCAUGA